AUGCAGAUUUCGUCAUGCCAAAUAGGGCGCUCCGUGCCGCCGCCGCCGCCAAGUGGGCGGCUACGCUACUACUACGAGGAUGGUAGGGGGAACCGGGUGUGGGUGCAGAACCUCACGCUUGACCACGAGGCGCGGCGUUUGAACAGCAUUCCUUCUAGCAGCGUGUGUGGAGGGGGUCGCCACGAGAGUACGUGUUGGAUUCCGUCUCUGCGGCCGAGGAGGAGUUCCGGGUGCCGCCAGAAGUCACCUGCUGUGAAGAGAGCUUCGUGGAGUGAUAACCCCCAGUACAAAGAGAGAUACCCGCGGCAUGCUACUCCGGUCCCGGUCCGGAGGGCCACAACCUCGCCGACUCGAUGUACGUGUCGUUGCCCCGUGCAUUCGGGGUUGAUGAAUAAUGUUGCCAUUUCAUCUGAUGAUCUGAGUACAGGGAUGAAUUUUACUUUUCUUCCUGAAGCAUCGUUAAGAACGUUGAUACACUCCGUUGAGGAUGCAGAAUAUGUACUGGAGGAGCUUCGCAACGAAGAGCACUUGCUUCGAAAUGCACAUCGGCUAUACAGAGAUAGUUGA